UGAGUCGAGGAGCGGAUGUAAGUCAGAGUACAGCAGAAAAUGUCCACUGAACGCACUUCUUGGACAAGUUUGUCCACUAUUCAGAAAAUAGCACUGGGCCUCGGGAUCCCAGCCAGUGCAACGAUUGCCUAUAUCCUAUACCGCAGAUAUAGGGAAAGCAGAGAAGAACGGCUGACGUUUGUUGGGGAGGACGACAUCGAGAUAGAGAUGCGAGUUCCCCAGGAGGCUGUGAAGCUCAUCAUUGGCCGGCAAGGAGCCAAUAUUAAACAACUGCGGAAACAGACAGGUGCUCGGAUUGAUGUGGACACAGAGGAUGUAGGCGAGGAGCGGGUGCUGCUUAUCAGUGGUUUUCCUGUUCAGGUGUGCAAGGCCAAAGCAGCAAUCCAUCAGAUCCUGACAGAGAAUACCCCCAUGUCUGAGCAGCUCUCAGUUCCCCAGAGAUCUGUGGGCAGAAUCAUAGGGAGAGGCGGUGAGACGAUUCGUUCUAUCUGUAAGGCCUCUGGAGCCAAAAUUACCUGUGACAAAGAAUCAGAGGGAACAUUACUACUAUCAAGGCUUAUAAAAAUCUCAGGAACACAGAAGGAAGUGGCAACAGCCAAGCAUUUGAUACUGGAGAAAGUUUCGGAAGAUGAAGAACUUCGGAAGAGAAUUGCUCAUUCUGCAGAAACCAGAGUCCCACGCAAGCAGCCAAUCAGUGUAAGAAGAGAGGAAAUGACAGAGCCUGGUGGAGCCGGAGAGCCUGCUUUAUGGAAAAACGCUGGUACUAGCGUGCCUGCUGCACCGCUGGCAGUUCCUCCUCACAAAGGAGGUGGUGACAUGGCUGUUUUAGGGCCAGAAGAAGGUUCCUGGGAGAAACCUAACGAUGACAGCUAUCAUAAGUCUGGAGCCCAGACCAGUCCAGAGACAUCCAUCUUUGAAAUCCCCAGUCCUGACUUCAGUUUCCAUGCUGAUGAGUUCCUAGAAGUCUACGUCUCUGCCUCUGAACAUCCUAACCAUUUCUGGAUCCAAAUCAUUGGCUCCCGGAGCCUGCAAUUGGAUAAACUUGUCAGUGAGAUGACUCAGCACUAUGAGAAUAGUCUGCCUGAAGACUUGACUGUGCAUGUAGGAGACAUUGUAGCAGCACCUUUACCUACAAAUGGUUCCUGGUAUCGAGCCCGGGUCCUUGGCACCUUGGAGAAUGGGAACGUGGACCUCUACUUUGUUGACUUUGGAGAUAAUGGAGAUUGCCCACUGAGGGACCUCAGGGCACUCAGGAGUGACUUCCUAAGCCUUCCAUUUCAAGCAAUAGAGUGUAGUCUGGCACGGAUUGCCCCCUCAGGUGAACAAUGGGAAGAGGAAGCUUUGGAUGAGUUUGACAGACUCACUCACUGUGCUGACUGGAAACCCCUGGUGGCCAAGAUCUCUAGUUAUGUCCAGGCUGGAAUUGCAACUUGGCCCAAGAUCUACUUAUAUGAUACUAGCAAUGGGAAGAAACUUGAUAUUGGGUUAGAAUUAGUUCGUAAAGGAUAUGCAGUUGAGCUUCCUGAAGACAAGGAAGAAAACAGAGCUGUCCCGAACACAUUGCAAGAUGUGGCCACAGAAAUAGAUGUUUCUCUCAGCAGCAUGCUCACUGAGACCAAGAAGAGCCCUGGAGAGAUAGCAAAUACCCUGUCCUGCCUCAGCUUAUCAGAAGCUGCGUCUAUAUCUGGUGAUGAUAACCUUGAAGAUGACUACUUACUCUGAAGUUGGCUUCAGCUGCCUCAGCCAUCUGCUUUACUGUGUGAGUGGAGCUAUCAUCUAUCCGUAGCAACAGUAAAGUAAUGAGGGUGACAACAGGGGCCUUGCUUUGUUCUUUUCCCCAUGGCCUAUCUUAAUACUGCUUCUCUGCAGCUGCUUUCCUGCAGCUUAACUUGCUCUCAGAUUGAGCCCUUUCCAAGCUUUAUGUGUUUUUUGUGUCUUUGGCAGGGUUUGGUGCCUGGAGAGAGAAGCCUGUGAUAAAGAGAUCUAUGCAGUCCUUCCUUUAUUACACACACGAUCUAUCUUACUGUGAACCAAGUGCAUUUUCUCCUUCCACUGGACUACCAGAAAGAAUGUGAGGUAGAGGGAGACAAAUACAUGCCCCUACCCCGCCCCCUCAUCUCCCUUCCAGUGUGUGAAUACUGCUGCGUUACUUCCAGGCUGUUCACCCAUCUGGCUCGUUCCCCUGUGCUGGUCAUAAUGCACAUUACUGCUAGACUGUGUACUUUUUGAGGCUGGGAAACAGCCAGGGUUUGGUCAUUGGAAGUGAUGAUUCUGCAGACUUCUGACUCACCUCAUCAGGUGACUCUGGUUAAGGGAAGUUUUUGAGUGGUGAACUCAAAGACUAUAGUUGUCAGGAGGCAAAGGAAAAAAUCAGCUUACUUAUAUUAAAUAAAGCCUCAGGAAGUGGGAAGAGAAUACUGCCUCCCAGCCUCAACUGCUGAUAUGUUAUUGGAGACAGGUUUUUUUGAAACAGUACUCCAGCUAUUUCCCUGUAAACUUUGAUUAAAAUACUGUAGACAAGGAGAGAACAGCUCAGGAAAUAUUCUAAAUUGCUAGUAUAAUAUCAUAAUAUAUAUGUAUACACACACAUCCAUAAAGAGAGAGCAAGAAAACAUAUAUAGCUGUUUAAAUCAUUUGGGGGAUUCUUUGCUGAAUAAAGUUCUCAAGAAAAUUAUCUAAAAC